UAAAAAAUCAUAAAGAAAAAGAGGAAAAAUAAAAGGCAGAGGAGAGUGAGGAGGGGACCAGAACGCAAAGCUCUUGCCUUCUGCUUUCCGGUGUGUUGAUUCCUCUGAUUAAAAGAUCACUCUCCAUCUCCCUCUCCCUCUCCUAUACCCCCUCCCCUUUUGAGAACCCUCGCUCAAGCUUUAUUUCUCUUUUUCCUUUCUGGGAGUCCGAGCCCUGAUUCGGGAUUGCAGGACGUCGGCAAUGGGGUGUCGGAGGAUCGGAGGAUUACGGUUGUGGUAGUGGUGGUGGUGAUGGAUAUGGGCCGGGAUGAGAGCAAGCAAAAGGAAAAUCCCUGCUUCCAUGACUUCUUGGGCAUGAGCGUGCACUGCGCUGAGAAGACGCCCCCGCCGGAUCUCCUCUCCAGUGGCGGACACAGCGGCGCCGCCGACGACGCUUAUGCUGCCUCGGUGGUGGUCUCUGCAGCCCGCCAUCGUGGCCUUAUGUCGCCAACUUGUGAUCUCGGUUCAGAGAGGCAGGGGGUGAAAGGUUCUGAAGUUUUUCACUUUCAUGGUAGGAAGAGUGCUGUACCAGGGCCUGAUGUUGGCAAUACAUUGUCUGGAAGAAAGAGGAGCAGUUCUGAAUCAAUACAUUCAGGUUCAAUAAAUAGAGUGCAUCCUGUGUGCUCAGAUUCUCUCGAAAGCUCAUGCCUGGUUAAGAUGUUUGGAAAAGAGGUGGUUAGUGAGCACCUGGGAAAAUCUCAUGAUGACAAAAUUAUGCUAUCAAUGCUACGACCACCAAGGCCGACUUCUUUGAUCUUACAUCCUCUUAGUAGCAGAUCUGAUUCACCUACGUUCAAGGAGGAACAAUCAUUGUCCAAAAAUUCUGGACAGAUAUCAAAUCAUGCUCCACGGUUUUCCCAAGCUGGGAUGUACUUAGGUUUGGCUUCUUCCUUGUAUGCGUACAAAGAUGCCAAUGCAGUUGCAAUGAUUAUUUCACAAUCUGCUACAGAUGAUGGUUCUCAAACAGCCAUUGGAGGAUCUGGAGUUAUGAGUACUGAUAACCCAAUUAACAUGGCUUUUGGGAGAAACUCAACUGGGUUCUUGAAUAAACCCAAGUCUUCUCUGGCUAUUGAAUCAGAACCUUCUAAUAUUGUAAGGCGUUCUACGACAUCAUCUGCUGGUCGUCAAAUGACAAUAUUCUAUGCUGGUCAAGCGCAUGUUUUUGAUAAUGUCCAACCAAAUAAGGCAGACGUUAUAAUGGCUCUAGCCAGAAUAAAUGGUGGGUCAUGGUCGACCUCUCACACUUCCAAAUCCAGCGAACGGACAACCAUGAAUGAAGCUAAAGUGCCUGUUCAUGGAGAUAUGGGUCAUGGGAUAAGCCAACUUGCAGGGAUCCCACUUGCAAGUGUUCUUUCUGGUGUUACAUCUGGUGGCGGAACGAUCGGCCGAGAUGGGAGAUCGAUGACUCAAGCAACAGAACCUACCAUGGGAGACAGGAGAGAUGCAUGAUUUAGUCAUGUCCUGCUGUGGAUACAUUGUCUCGGUGACGUUUAGGCAUCUCAAUUUUGUCAUCAGAUGCUUUGGUUUAUCAACCUACCUUGUAGACUACCUAUAUGCUUUUUGUAGGCGCACAACUCUUCACGGGGUGAUCGAUCACCUUCGACAUAUAUGCAUUUUGUGCAGUUUGGCUAAUUUUUUC